CCAUCUUCCCCUUCUGUCACUAGGAAAAAAAAGAGCCCAUUUUCUCACUUUCAGUUGAGAGCUCUCGAAAUAGACCCAAAUUUUCAAGAUUUCGUUCACACACUGACAUUAUCGCUAUAAAUGCUGCUUUGUUUUGUGUUCCCUCAUUAUCCUCUCCGUCACUCCUGAAGAAAUUAUGGGUGUCUGUAAAUUUCUGGGAUUCUUAUGGGUCGUUGUGAUGUUGUCAAUUCCACCAUACCCAGCUUUCGGAUCAAGCAGGCUGACCUCCGACGUUGGCGUCGUCAUGAACCCUCCACCGCUCGGAAUAUGCGCCUCUGCCGUCACCAAAUACGGUUACAAGUGUCAAGAAAUUGAUGUGACGACGGAAGAUGGAUAUAUAUUGAGCAUUCAAAGGAUUCCGGAGGGGCGAGGCGGCGGCGGCGGGAGGAGGAAGAGACAACCGGUGUUGUUACAACAUGGAGUUCUUGUGGAUGGAAUGACGUGGCUGCUGAAUUCCCCAGAGCAAUCUUUAGCCUUGAUUUUGGCGGAUCACGGUUACGAUGUGUGGAUAGCCAACACCAGAGGAACCUCGUUUAGUCGCCGACAUGUUUCUCUUGAUCCUGACAAACCCGAAUUCUGGAAUUGGACAUGGGAUGAAAUUGCUGCUCGUGACUUGCCUGCUGUUAUUGCUUAUAUCUUCCAACAAACUAGCCAAAAGAUCCACUAUGUUGGACAUUCCCUGGGAACUUUGAUUGCAUUAGCCUCUUUUUCUGAGGGGAAACAAAUAGACAAAGUGAAAUCGGCUGCAUUGUUAAGCCCGAUUGCGUACUUGAGCCAUAUGACCACUCCACUUGGUGUUGUUGCAGCCAAAGUCUUUGUUGGAGAGAUUACAAUUGUAUUUGGUCUUGCCGAGUUCUAUCCAAAAGGCGAAGAAGUGAGCCGUUUCCUGAAAGGCCUAUGUGCAGAUCCGAAGGUUGACUGUUAUGACUUAAUGUCUGCCAUUACAGGUAAAAACUGCUGCCUCAAUGGCUCGACUGUUGAUGCUUUUUUAAGAAGCGAGCCUCAGUCUACCUCGACUAAAAACAUGGUUCAUUUAGCUCAAACUGUUAGAGAUGGGAUUUUGGCGAAAUAUGACUAUGGGAAUCCGGUGUUCAAUCUGGAACACUAUGGCGUACCAAGGCCUCCAAUCUAUAACAUCUCCAACAUCCCAAAGGACUUCCCUUUGUUUAUUAGUUAUGGAGGUCAAGAUGCUCUGUCUGACCCCAAAGAUGUGGCUACUUUGCUCGAUGAUCUCAAGUGGCAUGAUGAAGGGAAGCUUAGCGUGCAAUAUAUCAAGGACUAUGCUCAUGCUGAUUUUAUCAUGGGUAUAACCGCCAAAGACGUUAUUUAUGACAAAAUCAUCUCCUUUUUUACAAGGAACCAAUAA